AUGCCGCCACGCUCGUCCUUGACAUCUUCCUUCUCAAUCACAGACGCUACCAACGAAGUCGUCUGCCCUCUUCGCAAUCAAGAUGGCUCCAGCUGUCGCAAGCGAUGUGUCGGCGAAAAGCGAUAUCGCUCCAUGCAGGAGCAUAUCCGCCGCGCCCAUCCUGAGCAUUACAUCCCCAAGCUCCCCGCGACCGAGGAGAGCUUCCUGCUCAUGAUCAGCUCCCCGCCCCAGGAGCGCCGCAACGACCAACCCCCAUCAUCUGCCGGACAGAGCCUCAACGACAGAGGCAAUUACUAUCGUGACACACCGAGCAACCCUGGUACGCCGCGCCAUAGUGAUGAGUACACCACAAGUGGUGGUAACCGAAUGCUGGGGGCAGCUCGCGCCGCCGCAGCUCUCGCCGAGCUUCACGGCAUCAAGUCUGAGCGAGACAUUGACAUGGAUGGCGGCUACUAUUCGGACUCGGAUGGGCGGCGCAUUCCUCGAAGCUCGAUUGAGCUGCCUCCCCUCAAUCUGUCUCACAACGACAUCACCAGCGAUCCGUUCUCUGGCGGUAGGCCACGCGAAAUCCUCCCGUCGCUCAUGGCACAUUCGCCUCCCGGCCGCUCGUCAACCCUGCCCCCACUGCAGCGACCACUCGGCCAAAGUCGCCCUCGAAAGCAGUCGGUCUCGAAGCGCGGCCGCGAGCCUCACCACAAGAAAAAGAACUCGAGAGGGCAGAACAUUGACCUCUUCCGCCGGCUCCAGAACGAGGAGCCGCCGCGCUACGGUGGCUUUGACCGGAAGGCUUUGUCUGCGGAACCGUCGGCAGACCGCGAUAAGCGCUGGGCAGACCUGAUUGAUGCUGCCGCCGCUUCCGCCGCCGGCGACCUGGACGACCGCACUCCAGUGCCUCAAUCGCCCGUUUCCAUCCAGCGAGGUUCUCUGCCGCCGUUCCAGCAUCCGCAGCCAGUGCAACCGGCGAGCUACCAGGCCUCUCCUUUGCAGCAGGCGCUCACGCCCCCGUCGUUCAACCAGGAUGUUGCCGAACCCUUCCCGUCAGUGGAAAGCGGUGAGAGUGGCGAUACCUUUCACAUGGGCUCCCAGGGACUCUCGGAAUCAUCGCCGAGCUACGGCUCCUCGCAAAACAUCCAGAUCUACUGCGCGGCCUGCCAGGGAGUGUCACAGCUCAAGAACUCCGCAUAG